AUGCUGCGGCGAAAGGCGACCGUGGGAGAGGCCUUGGUGGGGUCAUUGGUCCGUCAGCGCUUCGGCUCACCAAUAGACGUUAUUGUCAAGAUGAGGGGUCAGAGCCGCGCCCGUCUACUUAACCCAACCUCCAGCCUUGCCCAAAGGACUGCCAACUUCCGUUCUUUUCUAAUCUUACUGAUCAUCUUCAAAAUGGCGGAUCCUUUGAGCAUCGCUGCCUCGGUGCUCGCUGUUGUCACAGCAGCUGUUUCAUCGACAGCUACUUUGAUUGACACCAUCAAGCGUUACAAAGGUCGCGAUAAGACGCUCCAGCGGCUAGAGAGUGAGCUUGAGGACCUUCUCAAGCUCCUUGGCGUGAUCGAAAAUAUGUUCCAACGCGAUGCGUCCAUGAUGGCACUUCUCGAGGGGCCUAUUGCUCGGUGUAGUCAGAUCUGCACAGAUUUCGAAAAGGCCAUGAAGGAAUUCACUGGAAAGGCAAAGACAGGAUUUUUAGAUUGGGCGAAGCUGGAGUUUAGAAAGGGCGACAUCCAGGAAUUUAUCGAUACCAUCACAAACUACAGAUCUACAAUCGCCGUCGGUUUGGGAGCCGUAAAUCUACACACAGCUAAAGCUAAUCAACAACUCAUCGAAGAAUACAACGAAAUGGUUCAAGACACGAUAUACAACCUGAACCUUCGCCUGCAGAGAAUUGACGAAAAGAUCGCGAAUCUUUCGCAAAAAUCUGUGAAUGACGCUGAUACAACUUUUGAUCUCAACGAUGAACGUGCAGUCACUGAGCGAUGUCUUCGCAUUUGUGAAGAUGCUGAGGCUUUCCUUGAAUCAUUGACGGAUCAGAAACCGUUGCUUGGAACUGAAUCAUUAUCGGAGGACGCCAAAGAUCAGAUUGAUUCCUUUGACGCGCCACAACUCACGCGUCAAGUGUUGAACCAGAACAGAGAUAGCAUCGCAGAGAUGGUUGGCCGUCUCCGGGAGCGGCUGGAUUCUCUACCACAAGAUGGGAAGACUGGAAAUGAUCAUGAGAGGACACGUCUUAAACAGGAACUUGACGUGUUUAAAAGCUGUCUAGAGGUAUGCAGAGUGGCGUCCAACGAAGUUGCUUUGCAGAAGAAACACACUGUUGGAGAGGCCAUAGCAGAUGGGGAUAGUGACCAGGUCGUGGUCACGACGAUGGCAGACCUUUUCAACGUCAAGAAAGCGGAGUCGAAAGGCAGGUCAGCCCAACUUAUUGGCUCAAUGUCAGACGAAAGUCUCCAACAAGUAUCUGAGCGCCGGUAUACCAGCCGCUUCGGGGCAUUGCCCAACACUCAUACAACCACCUCACGAUCAUCGAACGAUGUUCCGCGCAGUAGAGGCGAUGUCUUCCGCCAAGAGAGCUUUGAAGAUCGACGUACAAUGGCAUCGCGGCCUAACAAACCGAAUACACACGGAAUAAGAAGGCGUACGGCGGAUGAGCGUACUUGGACCAGGGAGGACGGCGAUGAACGCGUAGAUUGUUAG